AUGCCACCCGGAUACGGUGCAAUGCAGAGCCCCACGGGAGCAUGGGACGAGCAAAUGCACGCUCUUGACAUGGCAGCACUCUCUCUACAAAUCAUGACCAUUGAGCAAGCGACUGAAUGGAAUGCUUGGCCUUCCUCCCAGGCGCUGCAAGCUAUCGAAGACGCCGUGAUGGAACGUGCAUCCUCAAUCCUUGCAUCUGCUCCCCCUGCGCAGUCUCUCACUGCCGUACGUCUUGGUGCCGAAGCUGAAUCCCGCAUUCAACAGUAUGAAGCAGAUGUCUCUCGCUUGUGCGAUUUAGGAGACAAUGCUCAUGUACUUGCGCGAGUACGCGUCCAACUUGCUUCUUGUAGCGAUGAUGAGGCCUCCUCUAUGUGUUCGUCGUCAUCAUCAUCUGCUGAACGCGCUUGGCUUUUAGCAACUUGUGCUGCCAAGUGUAUGCGCGCGGCCGCAGCAGCGUUGGAGACGCCGAAUCCACCGAUCGGGCGAAGUACCCGCUUAUCGACAGGCUGGGCUUCGAGAGAUGCUGCCAGGGGACUUGUCUCUAACACAUCCACGAGCAUUACCCGUCAUCGUGCAUCUAUGUACACCGAACUCUCGCGAAUCUCACUCACCCGCUGUCAUGAGACGCUUGUUGCUCUCUAUCCGCCUGCAUCUGAGGCGCGACGCCAGCUCCUAGAUCAUGCACGCAUUUACGCGCGCAGAGCACUUGUCGAUGACGGUUUGGCAUGGAUGUGUCAAACAACGGAUGGACCCACAAAUCGUGGCCAAGUCAGCAUCGCUGCACAAACGCACACGCCACCGGACGGUGGCUGGGAAAGCUUGUCUCAGGAUACUGGUAUCUUGUUGCAGUACGUGCGUGCGCUAUGGAAACGGAGCAUUGCUCUGCCAAGUGCCCAAGCAGAUCGCGAACUUCACAUGGCAUUGAUUUCCAUCUGGUCACUCACGCAAGUGUCCGAAGCGUAUCGUGCCAUGAUAUGUGAGCCUGUGCGUAUUCUGCACGUGCUAGAGGAUCUGGCGUUUUUGGACGACUCAGAACGCACGUUCUGGGACUCGAUAUGGCGAAACAUCAUCAUGUCGCCAGACUACGACCCAAUCGACCACCCAUGGACGAUCGAUGCAGCAUCCAGCAACACGGCUGCAUUCUAA